UUAAUAAUCAUAUUUAACAUAUAAAAAUUUUUAAGUAGCCUUUUUUGCGUAUAGUAGCUCUAAAAAUCUGGCCAAUAUGCCCUUAUUCAUUUGUUGAUGAUUGGGAGCUAAAAUAUUUAGUAAGUUCACUUAUUUAAUUAAUCUAAAACAAGUAAUUUUAUGUAAGCAAAUACCUUUGACAUUAAUUUACAUACUAUCAAUACAUAUAACUGAACAACUACGAAAAUAUAUAAACAGGUAUAUUGAAGUCUACACAUUCUUCUAGACUACUUAACUUGGCCUGAACUUUUACAACAAAGUCGUAGUCUUAGUCUUAGUCACUUCACUUGGCAUACUGGCUACUCACUGAAGUUUUUAAUGAAUCCGACACAUAUUCUGAUUGAGUCAAUAUGUAUGUAGUAGUCUAGUAAGCUAUAUCAAUGUUGAUUAAAGUUAUUUGCUUUCUUCAAGGCCGGAAUAACCAAUUUGUACGUCUAUUUCCUAUAUGCUUGGCAAAGCACUUAUUUACUUAUUUAUUAUUUAUAUUAAUAUUAAGAGUAAUUAAUCAUCAUUUAAAUUAUGUCAUUUUUAUGUGUUAUUUAUAAUUUCUAAGACAAAUCUGAAUUUUGAAUCAACAUCCAAACAAAAAAUAUGUAGUAAGGUAAAGUGCAUUGUCUCCAUUUCGAUCAUCUUGCUUGUUACUACCGUUAUGUGUUGAAAAAUUUACACAAGAUACCUAGAGCACUCAGGACAGUCUCAGUGAUUGAAUUUUUUUUCAUUAACAUUAACACAAAUACUGGCUUAUUGUGAUUUUCUAAAACACACAACAUAGUGUCAGACUGGUUAGGGAAGCAAAAUGUCUGCAAUCUCACCCUGUACUACUGUACUGUUCUGAUGUGAUUUGGUGCCUGCACUGCAUGGCAUGUGCUGUUUGCAGGGGAAAACAUGAUUAUGUCCCACAGAACCCUUGAACAUUUUGCAUUUAACAAAAUUAGGAUAUGGGCUAUUUCAAUUUUUUGUUGUUGAAGAAAUCAAUCCAUUGGGGGGACUGAGUUAGUGCAUUUAGUCUAGAGACAGCACUGUUUCAAGGUUCACUACUCACAAGCUUCACUGUAAUAGUAAUAGCAUUGAUUUUGCUUGGGUCCAAUGGUUUGUGCUAUUCACAGUCACAGGUUUCAUUGUAACCACAUUAAUUAAAAUAAUUACAUAUUAAUAAUUAAAAUCAUUACAUUUGUUUAUUAGUAAAUUAAAGUGCUAUUUACAUAAUUAACUUUAACAAGAUUUAGUUGCAAUAAAAAUUUGAUAUCCAUUAAUUACAAUUGUUUAGAAAAAGACUCCAAUUCUCCCUGAACUACAUACACAAAUUUCAAUACAAGAAUAUUUUGAUCUGUUACACAGAGCACGUAGCCCUUUAAAAGAACUCUAUAAUGGAUGAUAUCUUUACUCAAGUGAGGGAAGGAAAUGCAUUUAAUGUACGAGUCUGGCUUGAUAAUACAGAGAAUGAUCUGAAUAAGGGGUAAGUUUUUAGUAUUAAAAGUGUGCAUUGUCAUUAAAUAUAAUUAAAGCUUUGUCCUGGGAAAUUCACUCACUGCAACCUCAUUUGUGAGUCUGCUUGAAAAAAAUCUCAUGCAUGAGUUCUUCAAUCAUAUAAAUGUUAUAAAAAUGGAUAACUCGUAAUUCAACCUAUAUAAAGAUUUGAAUUAAUUGUUAAUGAUGUCAUUAAAGUGUUUUGUUGUUGCUUAAAAUAAAUCUAGCAGAGACUUUCAUUACAAGUAUUAUUAUCAGAAGAAAUUAAACAGUUUUAAGACCUCAAAUAGAAAAAGAAAUGUGGAAAUAAAAUGGCUGGUACUUAAUUACAAAGAAAAUACGUUUAAAAAAAAAAUUAUUUAAAAAAAAUAAAAACAAUAUAAUUAAAUGAAAGUACAAUAUAAUAAAUGUCUGUUCGGAGAAGACAGUUUUUAAAUUUAUUAAUAUAUUUUUUUGUAUUUACGAUUUCAUCCAACACAGAGAUGAUCACAGGUUUAGUUUACUCCACUGGGCUGCAAGGGAAGGUAGAGACAAUGUGGUUGAGAUGUUGAUUAAACGUGGAGCGAGGAUCAAUGCUACCAACAUGGGUGACGACACACCUAUUCAUCUAGCAGCAGCACAUGGCCACCGUGAAGUUGUUCUUAUGGUGAGUGACACCAGAAUUCUCAUCACCUUUACUUUAUUGCAUAUCAGUUCUGAAGUUAAUUUUGUAAGCAAAGUACCAAUUAUCAUUUAUAUUAAUGUCAAUUUAUUUUUAAUUUGUGAAAAAUGAUUUAAUUUUUAUCAUGAAUAGCUGGUUGAAAAUGGUGAAAUUAAUUCAAAGUAAUCAUUGAACAAAGUUAUCCGUACCUCUUUCAUGAAUGCAUACAGUAGGAAAAAUAUCAUGUUAAAAUGAAAUGUAACUUACACUACAUACUUAAAGAAAUUAAUGAUACAUUGUUGUGUUUCAGUUGCUUCAAAACAAGGCUAAUGUAAAUGCUAUUAAUGAGCAUGGUAACACACCACUUCACUAUGCAUGCUUUUGGGGGUUUGAACAGAUUGCUGAGGUAAAUAUGUUAUUGAGAUAUUUGUGAGUAGGUCUUGUAGUCUCCCUUGAUAUUUUUUAAUUUAUUUUAAUAGAAAAUGUAUUAAGGAUUAUAAUGAUUUAACUUCUGUGGACAAACAAAAGGCAUUGAUUACUAAUAACAUUAGUAAUAAUAAUAUCAUCAUCUUGUUCAUACACCUGUGCAACUUUUUCUUUAGGAUUUGGUGAACUAUGGUGCCUUGGUCAGUAUAGCCAACAAAUUUGAUGACGUACCUUUGGACAAAUGCAAGCCAUAUCUGGCUAAAAUUUUGAAAGGUUGCUAUUAUUUUGUAUAAUUUUAUUAACUUUUUCUCAUUAGGACAAAUAAUACUGUCAUCUAAAUAGAUCCCAUAUUGAUAAUAGACAUUUCUGCUUAUUGUUAGGUAAGCAUAAAAGAAAAUGACUAAUCCAUUAUUAUAUGCGAGCGAGGUACAAAUUACAUUAUUUGUAUGUGAGUGAGUUACGAAUUAAUGAAUUAAAUUACUUGUGUGUAAAUUAGUUUUUACUCGGCUAAACAAAUAAUUUUGAUUCCAUUGUAUAGUUGUCUGAAAAUUGAUUUAUUGUUUUGUGCUGGAAAUUUAAAAAAAAUUAAUGUAAAUAAAAACUUUUUCAGACAGAGCUGGUCAGCUUGGUCAGGACUUGAGCAAAAUUCCAUUUAAAGACAGGAGUUGGCUGGGAUACAAAACAAGAAGCAGUAAAUAUUUAUUUCUUACACAUUUUUUGACUGAUUUUGUUUUCUUAUUUGAUUUUGUUCUUAAUCAAGGAUCUGUUUGAAGAGAAAAAAGUUAUGGGAAUGUGUCCUUAUAAUUCAAUUAUAUUUAUUUGCUUGUACAAAAUUUUGGGAAAGCUGUUGAAAAUUUGGGAGUAUGUCUAAUAGGAAUUAAAAUGAAAUUUGAACUCAUUAAUUUUAUUUGAGAAAUAGACAUAACUUAUACAAGAAUGUUCUAGACUAUGAAAGUGUGGGUUAACUUAUUUUUUCUAUGAUAUUCCCCAAACAAGGAGAUGCAAUCUUGUCUAGACACACUGGCAUUGACAUUAAAGAGUUGCAGCUGGUUGGUCAUAUUGCCAAGACACAUUCAGGAGAAGUAAGAUUAAUCUCUAACUAGUGAAUCUCCUAACAUGUCUCAAUAGUACAGUAGCCCUUAUAAUUCCCUGUUACUUUUUUAUGUUAUUAUUUAAAUUAUUAUUAUGUUAUUUCAAAAGCUUGAAAUAUGUAUUUAUUUAUUAAUUUUCGUACCUAAAACAAAUGAAGCAUAAAUUUUAUUUUAAAUGUAUAUACUGUUUCCACUACAGACAUGGAGAGGCUCUUGGCAAGGCAAUGAUAUUGUAGCUAAAAUUCUUAGCAUGAAAACAGUGUCUGACAGAAACAUCAGGGAUUUUAAAGAAGAAUUUCCUAAACUAAGGUUGGUGAGAGCAUUAGUCAAUGAUUAAAUUAGUUAGCAUUAAUUUUAUUGCAGCUAUUGCCAUGAACUCAACUUAACAAUAAAGUUUACAUUCACACUCUUUAAAAAUCAUAACAUAACAGCAACAUCAAAUAGUUAAUAAUUUAUGUGUGCUAUUGAGAAAAUUAUAUCAGCUCAUAGAAAAGGCCAGUCCAUAAUUCACAUAAUAACUUUAUUACUUUUAAAUUUUUAAAAAUUCUCACAAGGAUUAUGAUGGUACCCAAAACACACCCCCACCAAAAUAAAACAAAAACACAAAAAGCAUUAAAACUUAACUGCAAGUUUUUUAAAGUUACUAACUCUUAUAAUUUUUUCCAGAAUAUUUAAUCAUCCCAAUGUCCUUGCUGUGUUGGGUUGCUGCGCACCUAAAGAUCCACCUGAUUUAGUGGUUAUUAGUCAAUUCAUGCCUUUUGGAUCUCUUUACAACACUCUUCAUGGAGAGUCAGGUAUUUUGAUGAAUUAAAAUUAUAAAAAAUAAAACAAAAUAAAGCUUGUUUAAAAGAGAAUUCACAAGGGUGUUAAAUUCAAAAUUACAUUAAAAAUUUCUUUGCAAUGAUUGAAAUUUUAAAUGACUAAAAGUUUAGAAGUGUGUUACAUUUUUAGUACUUCUAUUAAUAGAUCACAACAAUAAUUUUUUUACACUACUGAUUUAUAAUUUUGAAUUAUUUUAAAAUGAUAUAGCAUAUUAUUCCAUCUAUUUGGGAAGUGUAUUAAUAGGAAUUAAUAUUAUUCUUUAUAAGGUAUUGUUGUGGACCAGAAUCAGGCUCUACGGUUUGCUAUUGAUAUUGCCCGCGGCAUGGAAUUUUUGCAUUCUAUGGAGCCAAUAAUCCCAAAUUUUGUUCUAACCAGCAAACAUGUUAUGGUAAGUUCUCCUGGUCUUAUCAUUAACAUACUUGUUCUGUUUAUUUAAUUGAAAUGUUUCAUUUCUUGUACUUCAUUCAAAUUUAUUGUUUUGAAGGACUAAACAAAUAUAAAUUAAAAAUAUAAAUAAUUUAAACAGAUUACAUUUUAGAUGUGUGAUUUUUUAAAAUAUUAUUUACUGUUUUACGUCUACCAAUAUAUAUACUAGCAAACCCAGUGCUUUUUUUUUCUUCUUAUAAUUUGAAUAUAUAAUAUUUUCAGUGCUUGUCAUAUUUGUUUUAGAUUGUGUCAUACCAAUCUCAUGUCUAUAUAAAGUACGGGAAAUUUAUCUUGAUUUUUUAAAAUUUUGGUGUAAAAAAAUUCCAAGAAAUGUGACUCUGAUACUAAGAUUAAACUACCCUACAUUUAUGAAAAACAAACUUAUAUAGAAAUUAAAAAAGAAAAUGCAUUUAUUUGGAUUAAUAAUUUAAUUUGCUUUGUAAUUCAUAUUUAAAAAAACAACUCGCAGAACAAUAUUAAUUCAAAAAUAUUUUUCUCUGCCAUUGUUAGAUUUAUUGAAACAUAAUAUAAGCAAAUGUAACACAGCAAAUUGUUGAGUUUUAAAUGUUUUUUUUGUUUGUUUUUGAUACAUUAUUUGUGAAUAGUUUUAGUUCCCUUACAUCAUGUCUAGUUUUUUUUUGUCUCUCAAACUCUCUUUAUGAGUCAGUAUUUUGUUGUCGACAUCUUUUGACUUAUUUAUUUGUCAGUGUUCAUUUUGGUCCCCACUCAUUGAACCACCACAAUCACCAAAAUUCAUCUUGGAUUCAUUCAUUGUUAAUUAAAUAAUGAGUGGGAUUUUUUAGAUUGACGAGGAUCUGGCUAAAAUAAAUGUGGACGACCCAAAGUACACUUCAGGGGAUGCGACCCUCAAUGGGGUAAUGAGAGACUGCACUUGCCUGUCUUGAUGGGGUGUUCUUUGAGUACUAAAGCAUCUUACCACACCAAUUAUCCACUAAACUAGUGUCGGCUACUUUUCAGUGUAGUCUGGUCUGUCCUGUCUACUAAUCCUUAUUCUUGUAUUACAUUCUCAUUAGUUAGUGGUAGGUAGAUUUCUCUGUGCCGUAAAAAAAAAAGUUUAUUUUAUAUUAUUUUAGUGCUACUUAUAACAAAAGACACGAAAUCUUUUCCCUACUUUUUAGAAAUAACUUUUGGUUGGGUUUUUUUUUUUUUUUAAAUAAUAUUUUUUACAUCAUCUGUUUUAUUAUGACACUUAACCCCUUUGAUACUCUAAUGCUUUAUGCCAUACAGGGUGCAUAAUGUUGGAAGCCCUGUGCAAUGAAUCUAAAAAAAGAAAAUUCUGAUAAUCUGCCAUACCUCUUGCGUUAUCAUUUAUGGAAUAAGCUUCAAUGUGGUUUCUUUCCUUCUAAAAGUUAAAUCUCAUGGUCACAUUUCUUUUUUUCCAUCCAAUGCUAAACAAAAGAGACCCACCUUGUGAGGAAACUAUCAAAGUUUACUACUAGUGAACAAUAAAGUAAAAAUUAUUUUUUUAAAAAGAUUUUAAUAACUAUGAAUAAUUAGCAUUUUCAUUUGGCCUCUUUUUUUUUCCCCAUGCAAUAACUCAUUGUGAAUAAACAUAGCUAAAUUCAUAAAUUUAUUUAACUGAGGAGGUUUAAUUUAUGCUGCGAUCCAUAAUCAGUUGUGUUUGGAUGCAAGGAAUAUUUUGACAGCGGCAGCCCUCCUGAGUAUCCCCCCUUUCUUAUUACUGAGUUUAAAGGCUGCUUGCAAUAUCUUAUUUUUAUUUAAAUCGUUUUUUGAAAAUAGUUGACCGUAACAGUGAAGUCAUUGUGCACCAAUACAUUAAAAAUGCAUGUUUUUGGUUUCAAGAACGGCUGCAUAAAAAAAAAAAUUGAAUUUCUCCUUUGAUAUGAGUGAUGCAAAUGUUUGCUGAAGUUGGGCAGGGAUGCAAGCUAAGUUGCCUCCACCACUCAAGAAACUGUCAUGAUGCAGGGUUUUUGCUUUAAAACACUUUUUUUGUAGAAUGAUUUGUGAAAAUAUGAGAUUGCCUCUAACCAGCUACUGCUGCUACAUGUAGACAUUUAUCUUGAAUAAAAAUCAUUUAGUCUCAUUUUGCAAAUGUUAACUAGGAUUAGUUGAUUAGGCAUUUUUCUUGCUUAACAAAGUAGUCACCAUUUAUUACUUUAGAAAAUUACCCAACCUUUUGAUGCUUUAAGCUUAGAAAUUUUUAAAGAAUUUUCUGGUGAUCAUUUAAAGUCAUAUUUCUUUUUAAGGGGUUUUCCCCAGUAAUUCAUUACACUCUCAUGUUAUAAAUAUUCAAUUAUUUUAGUCACCACUUCAAACAAAAAGUUCCUAUGUGGUUCUCUUAGUUCAAAGUAAAUAAUAUCCUUGUUCAAGUUAUUGUAUGCACUCUAGCAUGCAUCUACUAUUGCCUUUAAGGCUACUAAAUAGGUUUUUUUUGUUUUUUUUCACCUGAGAUGGUGGAGUGUCACUUAAAUUAUUUUGUGAUGUAAAUUCAUGAUCCGUUAAUUGUAACAUACAACAUUGUUUUUGUUGCCUGGUGUGGCAAACAAUAAUAUACUUCCAGGAUUUCUGUGCAGUGAACUGCAUGAAUGAAUUUUUCCUUUAUGAUUUGAUCAAUAUUUUUGUUGUGCUAAGAUCUGGUGAUAUUUCACAGGCUCAAAAUGGUACACUAAUUUAACCCUACAUCUAUUACAUUAGGCCUGCACACCUACAUCUGUAUCGACUAUAUUGCUCAUGUUGUAUCUGUAGUGGAAUAAUUCUUGUUUGUCAGGAUAGAAAUAUAUAACACAUUUUUCAGGCAGGUAGAGCCAUACCACAACAACGUCAGGGACCAACCUGUCAGGGUCAAGUGGGCCUACAAACCAUUUUGAAACGGUUCUUUAGUUUUAUUUCAGGAGCUACAAAAACUUUCAGUUUACUGUAUACAUAGAAAUUAUUUUUUUUAUAACUUUUAAAAAUUAAAUGUUAUUUUUCUAUUUUCCUUCCUUCAAAAUUAGUUUCUUAAAAUUGUUUCAACAAAAAAAUGUUUAAAAAAUAUAUGAAUGAGUCUAUUUAAAAGGAACAAAUAGAUUAGGAUAUUUAAAAGAAACAAAAACAUAACAGUUUCAUAGAAUUUAUAGAGUGGCCAAUGGCUUAUAAUAACUUGGAGAUCUGUUGUUUUAAGAUUGAUGAGGAUCUGACUGCUAAAAUCAACAUGGCGGACUACAAAUUUUCUUUCCAUGAGAAGGGAAAGCUUUUUUCUCCAGCCUGGUGUGCACCUGAAGGUAUGAUGUUUUAAGGUUUGGCAGGUCAUACUGUCAAGAUAUGGACCAUGACGGAUCAUUCAUGAAGUGAAUGUGUUGUCAAAAAUAUUAACAACUUUUUGACCCAUUUUAUUUAGUGUCUUAUUAUAUCUUUCAUGAGAAGAAGAAGAAAAUAAAUUAAGUCAAGACACAUUACACAGUAAAAGUAUCAAAUAGCUUUGUUUAAAGACAUGAUUAUGACCGUAAAUUAAAAAACUUUCUAAUUGGUUAAAAAAAGUUUUCCAUACAUUCCGAUACCUCUCGUGCCUAAAUUGCUCAAUUUUAAGUACUUAACAUGUGCUGAUAUUUUAAAAAAAAUUAAUUAACUCAAAGAUUAUCCUUUGAUACCAAAUUUUUUUUAAAAUAAAAAAAUAUCUCAUGCUUAUUAAUAAUCCCAUUUUUACAAAUAUGCUAUGUGCCAAGAUUGUAACUUAAAUAAUUUAGGAGAAGUUAAUAAUUUUAAGAACUGGUGCUUCUACAUGAAAGAAAAUUAUUUAUCUGUUUUAAAAAAAAAAAUGAUUUUCUUUUAAAAUAUUUUUUUUGCUAUUUAAGUCCAUUAUUUUUUAAUACUUCAUGUGAAGAACUAUUUGAAAAGAAAAUGCUGUUUUAAAACAAAAUUUUUGUUGAUGAUUUGUCCCACCCCAAUCAUCACAUUUACCAAAGAUCAGCUGGUUUAGGGGGAAUUCUUUCCCUUUUAAGUUAGGAAUGAAAGAUAUACAAAAUUCUUUUGUUCCCUCGCCUGUUAGAGAGUUGGUAAAAAUUUACUAGCCUGAUUCCCCCAGUGGCUACCAAAUCUAAAUGAUCACUAACUAAGCCAUUAUUGUCACUAAAGGAGUUCAUUGAUGGCUGAUUUCUAAGCUAGAGAAAUACUUAAGAUGUCUUGUGUCUUAAAUUGUUAUAAAUGUAAAAUAUUGUCUUGAUUAAAAUAUGUUUUUAUUUAUGUGCUAAAUGAGAAUAUGCACAAUUUAAUUAAAAAAAAACAUUUCCAUUUAUUUCAAUCAAUAAAGAAUCUUAUCGUAAGUGACUUAUGCUUUUACUGCCUAAAUUUAUAAAUACAUAACAGUGUUCCCAUAUCAUUAUUACAAAACCUUAACAAAGUAUAAAUAUUUAUUGAUCUCAGCACUACAACGUGCCCCAGAAGAUAUCAAUGUGCGAGCUGCAGAUAUGUGGAGCUUUGCCAUACUGCUGUGGGAGCUAGAGACAAGAGAGGUCCCAUUUGCAGAACUGGAGGCCAUGGAAAUUGGCAUGAAGGUAAAACCCUUUUAAUGAGCUCUCAACUCGGGUGCUGUGUGGAAUGUGGUCGCUGCCCUCCCCACUUCCUCCCCACUCUUGGUGGGGCAGAACAAAGAUGGUCUUCGUAUGAGGCACAGCCUUAGACAGAUGUGCUAGUUUUCAAUCCAUAUGUAACAAUUACAGUACACAAUGUAGGCUUUGUUCUCUGAAUGCUGGAACCCAUUCUUUAAAUAUUAAUGAGAAAAGAAAAACUAGGAAAAUUAUAUGUUUGGGUGAAAACAUUUUUCAUGACAUUUUAAAAUCUAUUGAUGGCUAAUAAUAAUAUGCACAAAACAAAUAUUGUUGUCAAAUUGUAGCAAAAUUAUAUUCAAGAAAGAAAAACACCAAAAUGAAAUCUGCUAAUUUGUAUUUGUUACUUGUGUUUUAGUGACAUGCAUUCACAAAGUCCUACAUUGAUAUACCAAGCGUUUCAAUAAAUGUCUUUUGUUGUCUCUCAGGUGGCACUAGAAGACCUGCGCAUCUCCAUCCCACCUGGCAUCUCUAGCCACAUGUCCCGACUCAUCAAGAUCUGCAUGAACGAGGAGCCUGGCAAGAGACCCAAGUUUGACAUGGUCAUCCCCAUAUUGGAGAAGAUGAAGCUGUCCAGCUAAGGAGUUUUGGAACUGAUCAACACCAGAUGUCUUCAUGGGGUGAAAGUCAGAAUGUAAUGUGUAUGUUCUUUGUACAAGACAUAACUCUGUGUGUCAACAUUGCCACACCGACCACUUCGUGGUACUUUUAAUAAUUCUCUCAUGACAGAUGUGAUAAUGAUGUUUUACCCUGUAAGGUGCUCUAGGACACAGGCUGUGCUAGCCUGUGAUCUUUUGUGAUACAUUUUUUUGUUGUUUCUAGUCUUGUUUGGGUGAGUCACCGUUCUCUCUGACCUUCAGUCAAAGCAAGGGAGACUAGGUCAUUGCUAAAGGGUAACAUGAGUAAAACAAUGCAGGCUUUGUUCUUUUUAUUAAGUUCAUUAGAUAAAUACAUUUGUGGUCAAGAGUGGAUAAUGUUUACCUUAUCAGAAAAAUCUGAGUAAGAUUUAUACAUUAAAUUGCGUUAAAACAUUUUUUUUUUUUUUACUUCAUAUAAUUACAAUCAUUAUCAUAAAUUAGUCAUAAGUGACACAAUUAUGUUAAAUUUGACUUUCCAAAGCUUCAUAAUCAUAUAUGACAUAUUUAUAGGUUUUUGUAAACAAAACAAAAUAUAUAUAUAUAUACUGUAAGUUCAAAUACUUAAAUUAACUGGCUCACAAAUGUUAAGAUGUAAUGACUCCACACCAGCAAUCAAAACCCAAAACCCCUCUAUCUUACAUAAGGAGGUUUUCAACACAUUGUAUUCACUCAUAUUAAGUCACUGCAAGAGAGUUGGGUGAAUGAAUUAAAACUAGUUAGUUCAGCUAUUGAAUAUUUUUUAAAAUUGAGAUGAGUGUGCUGGAAAUGUUUUCAAACUUAUGCGGAAAGGGUUGGGGGGCGGGGGUGCAGCAUUACAAAAAGGUUAGGAAUCCCUGCUCUAAGUCAUAGUCUAAAUUAGUGGCAUUCUUACAGGCACUGGUUUAGAAACUUUAUACUUCAACAUGAAUUAUAGUCAUUACCUUUACUUUUUACAAAUGUUUUUUUUAUUUGGUUUGUAGCUAGAAUAACAUAAUAUGAAGAUCUGUUUAACUACCCCUUGAAAACUUGCUGAUAUGAUAUGACUCAAACUAUCAAAGAAGUUGUCCAUCUGUUCUGGGUUUGUAGAUAGAAUAACAUAAUAUGAAGAUCUGUUUAACUACCCCUUGAAAACUUGCUGAUAUGAUAUGACUCAAACUAUCAAAGAAGUUGUCCAUCUGUUCUGGGUUUGUAGAUAGAAUAACAUAAUAUGAAGAUCUGUUUAACUACUCCUUGAAAACUUGCUGAUAUGAUAUGACUCAAACUAUCAAAGAAGCUGUCCAUCUGUUCUGGGUUCUUUGUUGUUUUUUUUUUUGUGGUGGUUGUAAAAGGAUUGGACUGCAAUAAAUCUUAAGUAGACAAGAAAAAGUUGGUAAAAUAUCAAGAUUUAGAAAUGACAAGAUGUACACAUUGGAUUGUUUUCCCUUUAUUUAUUAUCAUCAUUUUCUUUCCAUUUACCAUGGUGCUAUACAUUAGGAAUCUGUUUUCAAUUGACCUGUUAUCAUUUAGAGUAAAAUUACAUUAAUACCAUCUCUAGUGAAUUUGUAUAUAUAUGUACAAUAAUUUUUUCUUGCAGUGAGAUUUCACAGUAGUCAUUAAACUUAGCUGCAUGAUUUUUGCAAUUUAUUUCAACAGAAGAAAUCUUAAGUGGAUCCAUAAAGAUAUUUUUUAAAGAAAUGUAAAAAUAUCUUACAUUUUUGGAUCAUGCCCUAUGGUCACAUAUAUGUUAAAGUCCACUAUAACAUGUUUGCCUAGCAAAUAAAAUUAUCUUUCAGUUGUCAGAAACAGAUGUGCUAUUAAUAAGUAGUUUAUUUAGGGCAUAAAGAUGCAAUGACUAGACUGACAGGUCCAAUAGUAUAAUCCAGCUAUGAUCUAAAGCAAGGGUGCUGUAGCUAAAAAUAAAUUAAUCAAUUUCCAUCAUUUUGUUGUGCCUAUUUUUUUAUUUCUUUUAUAAAUUACCACGAUUUGGCUGGUCCUUUUAGUUUUUAAACUACAAAUUGUUAAAUGGUUCCAAUUUUCGAUGUACGUGAGUUAGGUUCGUUAAUUUUUGCAUUAUCAAAAAUUAUAUAUCCUUGAGCAUAUACUGAUAACACAUAUUUAUAAGAAACAUUUAUUCAAUGAUAUAUUUCUAUUAUUGUUCCUUUUGAGUUGAAAGGAGCUAUUCAUAUGAUGUUAAUAUAACACAGUUAGCAGAAUAAGUUAAGCUUUAACAAAUGUAUCUAUUACCCUUGCAUGUUCAUGUAUUUUUAACAUUGUUUUCUUGUGAUUCAUAGAAGUAGAAAAUGUAUGCUCUUGUUGGCUCUGAAGUUUUCAUAGCAAUCUUUUUACCACUCUUUACAAAUUGUGAAGAGUUAUCAUCCAACUCUCUCUACUUGAUGUACACUACAAAUAAUUUUUACCAUUAUCAUUGUUUGCAUUUUUAAUACUCAAGUAAUUAUUGACAUUUAGUCUUAAUUUAUCUAACUUAAAGUCUGAUACAGGUCUUUGUUUCAUUAUUUUCACAUUUGCGGAG